GCCCGCGCACACCUGCCUCCCCUUCUCCUUCACCUCGCCGCCCCCAGGGGCCACGUCAAUGGCCGCCGCCGCCUCCGCCUCCGCGCCCUAGAAUCGCGUCGCCCGCCGCUCCUCGCCUCGGGAUCGAGCGAGACCAGAUGCUCUCUCUGGGCGCCAUCCGCAAGCUGUGCGCCGCGUUCGACGCCGUCGCGCUCACCGUCAUCGCCGCGGGGCUCUCCCGCCCGCCCACUGGCCGCCACCCCUUCUCCUCCGCGCACGCGCACUCCCCACAUCCACCAGACUUCCCCACCAUCGCUGCCUGCCGCGCCGCGGUCUCUGCCUCCAAGGGUAGCCGUCAGCGCUGCCGCAGGCAGCCCUCCCCCUCCCGCUCCCCCGCCGCCAAGGAGGAGGAGCAGCCGGUGCUGCUCAGGAUCAAGCACGAGCUGGACCCGGAGCGGCUGUACGAGCUGUUCAGGGCCAAUGCGCACAACCGCCUGCUGGUGGAGAACCGCUUCGCGUUCGAGGACACGGUGGCGCGCCUGGCAGCUGCUCGACGGAAUGACCUCGUGGAGGAAAUUCUCGAGCAGCACAAGGCGCUGCCCCAGGGGAGGCGCGAAGGGUUCGUGGUCAGGAUCAUCGGCCUCUACGGGAGGGCCGGGAUGCCGGGCCACGCCCUGCGGACUUUUCAGGAAAUGGAGAUGUACAGAUGCCCACGCACAGCCAAGUCGCUCAAUGCGGCCAUGAAGGUCCUGCUACGAGGAAGGCUCUAUGAUGAGGCCCUGAGUCUUUUUGAGGAGGGAUCACAGAAGUAUGGCGUUGAGCUGGAUGACAUCUCGUAUAACACGGUGGUGAAGAUGUUGUGCGAUAUGGGGAAGUUGCAUGCGGCUUACCAGGUAAUGCAGAAGAUGGAGGAGGCAGGUGUGCAACCAGAUGUCAUCACAUACACGACGCUCAUGGCUGCGUUCUAUCAGUGUGGCCAGCGUGAGAUUGGGGAUGGUUUGUGGAAUCUCAUGAGGUUGAGGGGUUGCAAUCCGACACUUGCUAGCUACAAUGUGAGGAUCCAAUUCCUGAUUAACAGGAGAAGGGGCUGGCAGGUAAAUGAUUUGGUGAGGAAAAUGUAUGCAACAGGGAUCAAACCAGAUGAGAUCACAUACAAUCUAAUUAUCAAGGGUUUCUUCAUGAUGGGUGAGCAUGAGAUGGCCAAGACGGUGUUUGGUGCGAUGCACGGAAGAGGAAGCAAGCCAAACAGUAAGGUUUACCAGACAAUGAUCCAUUAUCUCUGUGAGAAAAGGGACUUCGAUUUGGCAUUUAGGUUGUGCAAGGAUAGCAUGGAGAAGAAUUGGUUUCCCAGUGCCGCUACUAUUGUCCAACUGUUGAAAGGCCUCAUGGCAAUCUCAAAGGAUAGGAAUGCGAGAGAGAUAAUGAAGUUGGUUACUGGGAGAAAACCUUCAUAUUCAGAUGAUGAAAUGAAGGUCUUCAAAGACAUAGUCUCAUGGGAGGACCGGAAGAUAAGUUGAUGAAUGGAUUGGAAAAUUUUGCUGUAAAUCCACCACAUGUAACUCUUGCAGUCUCUGACAGUAUUUGACAUGCUUGACUGGAUGGAGACAAGAUGAAGGAAACGAAUAAAGAAGGCAUAUGGCAGUGGAAAUUGUGGGAUGGGAUUGUACACGUUCGAGGAGCAUUGACAUCAGAAUUCAGAAUGACUGGAUGUCCUGAGGUAGGAGAGUAGGAGAGAGGUGGUUAUUAGUAAUUAGUCAACUUGAGACAGAUAACUCAACUGGGUAUCACAAAAGACAGGAUGUGCCCAACACAUGAUCCCAGCACCCUGAUCCGAGGAUCGGGCAAGUUUUCUCGCCUCUGCCAAAGUCCUAGCCACCAACUCCUCAUGUGGAUCUCCACUCAUGCCCAGACUAACAUCACAAGAAUCCCACACAUACACAUACACAUAGUAGCCGAAGCAUCUCAAUAAUCAAUCAAGGUAAGAAUACAAGUAAACAAAUAGGCUAUGCAAGUUCAUCUCAUCUCAUCUCAUCAUAAAGUAAGGCACUAGCAAUUCUAGCAAGCAUGCCUAAUAAGUGAUGAAUUCGUGGAUGGGCGUGAACCUGGUGGUUCUUCGUAGUUGUCUUGGGUCUCCGGAGUUUUCUGGUCAUCCAUUGCGUCUUUCUGGACUUUCUGGGUGUCUGGGAAGUCCUCCUGGGUCUCUAAAGUCUCAACUCCUCGCAGGGACCUCAUCGUAAUUAUGCAUUGUUGACACCGUUUUUCGAUACGUGUCAAGGAAGGUGAUUUCGGUGAAGGAAAGAUGGCGGAUUCGAAAAAAACCAAAAAAUGCACAGAGUUGGGAUCGGCCAUCUUCGCAGAAUAUUCUCCUGGUCCAUCGGACGGAUUCCAACUCUGGUACUCGGCCGAUGAAGAGUUGCCGAUGAAGUCAAGGAAGGAGAA